AUGGUUCGCUUAUCGGCAAAAGUGACGCCUAGAGAAGCUACACCCGAGAAAGGACUGCAGAAGUGGUUGGAGAAGUAUUUGCAGGAUAUCUAUGAGAAAGGCGAGGAAUGGGGUAGUGAGGCCUGGAGGUUGGCCAGAGAGUGGGAUGAGGAUGCUGUGAGAGAUAUUGUGAGGAAUGCUGGAUUAGGUGUAGAUGCUAGUAUUAUUGGUCGGGACCGUGGUGGUGAGGAGGAUGAUGACUUUGUAGUAAUGGGCGAGGAGGAGUUGGAGUUGCAGAUAAGGUGGAGGAAGGAGGACGAUUGGAGAGCUGGAUCGACUCCACUUGGACGACCAGCCAGACUUGAUUCCGUCGAGCAAUCUGGCAACCUCUCAUCUUGUCCUGUGCCUCACCUUGCAACUCAAAGACUUGGAGGUCACUUCAAUCUCUCUUGUCGGACUGCAGAGACAUCAUGGGUGCCACCAUUUCCACGUCAAGUCCAGCGAGGUGAUCGGAGACGAUGGAGACGAACGAUAGGUGCUCAACGCCUAAGUGAAGUGAAAGCACCAUCAUCAUGGAGGGAAGUUGACACCGAAGAAGAAGAAGAGCCGAGCCACAAACCGAAUGAAACGAAACUUGAUCAGCCCCAGGAUUCGGUUACUGGUGAAGUAUGCACUGAACCUUUCGGCUACUUUGGAUACCAAGGAUGGACAGAAAUGACGCAGUAG